CCGGCCUGUCCGCUGGACCAAUCACAGGCGGGCAGAGGGAGGAUCGGUGCUGUUAAGGUGACCUAGGCAGCAGUUCAUCUCUUCCAUUAGCGAGCCUGCAGAGCUGCCGCAAACAUGUCUCUCUCCAACAAGCUGACCCUGGACAAGCUGGACGUGAAGGGGAAGAGGGUGGUGAUGAGGUGAGAGGAAGGCAGACUGGACACUACAGUUAUCCCAGUACCGCAGUCACUAGUCAGGCUAUGGCUGGCUGAAUGGGGCAUCAUGGGAAAUGUAGUCUGGCUGAAUGGGGCAUCAUGGGAAAUGUAGUCUGGCUAUGGCUGGCUGAAUGGGGCAUCAUGGGAACUGUAGUCAGCAGGACUCCCAAAGGUCUACCAGUAUUGCAGUGUAUUCCCAGGAGAGGUUUAUACAUAGAAAUGUCAGUGUUUGGGAGUAAAGUAUAUUGACCCUUCUAAUUUUAUGUAGAAACAGUUGCUGCAUUCAUUGUUAUAAAACUCCCUCCCAUUCCCCCAGAUAAUAUUACUGGUGGUGGCUGGGAUUGAUGGGAUUUGUAGUCCAUCUUGAGCUGCAUAGUGCAAUGCAGAGGAUGCCGUAUCUGUUCCUAGUUUUUACUGUAGAUUUAUAAAGAACAUACAGCACAUUACUCUAUGUAGCCCAUUGGAAGGAAGGUGAUGUAGAUAGAUACAUAGACAUACUAUUUCUAUGGAUAGUUACCCUAGUGAUGCUGCCCUACAUAUGGGUGUGGUUAUCCCACUACAGUUCAUGUGAUGAUGCUUUGCAAGAUCCCUAACGUUCUAAUCUACCUCAUUGUUGGCAUGGAAACCCUAUAGAAUGCAGCCACUAACUACUGGUUUUUGGGCAAUGGUUUAGUCUCCCUUAUUUCCAGGACAUCAAUCAUUUAGUCGGUGACCUUGUAACUGUUUGCAGAUGAGGUGUGUUUUUUUUUCUCAAAAAAAAAUAAAAUAUUUCAUAAUCUAAUUUGUGUGUGUGAAAAUUUCCUUAGGUUCACUGUUUGAUCUUCCAGUCCAGGGUUGCAAAGUAGGGAUAGCCCCGAGCUCACAGUUUGUUGGAUACCCCUGUGAAAUUCCAAUAACCCUGUUGGCUCUGGCUCAACAUAAGUCAUACACUUGUCCAGUAGCAUUUAAUUAAACAUGAUCUUGGCCAAUAACAUUUAUACUUGUAAUAACUGCAGGAUUUUUUUCUAAAUGUCAGCCUUGUUUGUAUUUUAUUUAACUUCUUUUAAUCCCCCCCUGCAUUAAGUUACUGGUUUGCAGGAUGAAGCAAUUAUGUAGUGCCUUCUAUGCUGAGGUUUCAAACAGGCCUCAAACCGUUUUCCGCUGUAUUUCCCUACAUGCAGUGUUAAAGCAGAGGAUAUUGCAGCAUCUCUGUGGCUUUUUCUCCCUGUCAUUGCUGUGAAGGACAGUAAGAGGUCAUGUAAGAUGGAGCAGCAUCACGAGAAUCAAUGAUGGUUAUUAAUGCUAAGCAUAGACUGCUGUGAGCUAUAUUAUGUAGUUCAGGCUCAAAAUGCACAUGGCAAUGAGUCACUUCCAUGUGGUAAGAUGGCUGCCAUUUAAACCUUCCCAUUACCUGGCUGUUACAGUAAUUUUAAAACCUGAUCAGUGUUCUGAGACAAUGGGGUAAAUAGUUAUAGGAACCUUUUAGUCAGAAUGUAUUUUAAUGUUAAGAUUUUCCACUUUUCUACACAUGGCUGAAGAGAUUUAUGGUUCAUCUUCUAACCUUUCUUAAACCCCCCUUACCAUUUGACGUGAGUAUUGAUGUGUUGGAGGAGAAAAUCAUAAAUAACUUAUCAAUCGAUAUAGUGUAGAUCCUUUCUCCAUUAGAUAACAGAUGCAUGUGAAGUGUGAGAAGCUAUAAUUACUUGGAACUCCAAGUGCAUAAAUAGCAUCUAGUGAUUGACAGAUGUAUUCUGCUCUAUCCUUCUGCCCACUGGCCUAUAAAUUAUUAAGUGCCCUGGCUUUUGCAUGGCUUACUAGCGUGUAACCAAGUUUGUGUUUGACUCUUCUCCCCCUCCCUCACAUCAUAGAAAGCCUGUGUAAUUUAAAUAUGGAAUGACCAGGUCGAUGUGAUACCUGCACCUGGCUGGUAUCAUGCUACUAAACAAGCCCAUUAUAUGCAGAUAGUCUUUAGGGCUCUGCCUAUGAUGUAUAACACUUAGUUUUUAGGAGGCUAAUGCCAACGUCUGACCUAAUCCUUGAUGCUAAAGGAAAUUUUAUGAAACUAAAUUGUGAAUAGAUGAAGUCACUGAUUCUCACUGUGACCUCAACAGCUGUUGGGCCACAGUAACUUCUCUUAACUGAAUUUAGUAAGCAUUUAUUUUUUACAUUUUAAUUUUUUUAAACUCCAAAAACCGUGUAAUAAAUAGUAUUGUAUUGUGGAGGCAUUUAUUUUGUAUAUGGCUUGCCACACACAACUGAAUACCAAUGUAUAUAGUACAUCAAACUCUGCACAUCUAUCUAUGGCAAUUUAAGUCCUUUUGAAUCACCAUUUUCAAUAUAAAUAUAAUAUUUAAAAUGCAUGGUUGGACAUAAUACCUCCCUUUUGUCAGUGGGAGAAACUCCUGCAGUAUGAAAGCCAUGGCUCUCCUAAUGAGGAGAGAAAGUAACAAUUGUGCAUACUCUGAAUAUACACAUUAUCUUUUGCCCUAAUAACAUGGGCAUGCUGGAGAGCUUUGUUUGCAAUACUUAUCUCUAGUACAUGUGUUUAUCAACUUUCCUCUAAUCUGGGUGUCUACUGUAAAGAACAGCUGGAUUGGUGAUGUUUUCUUUGUGCUAUGGUGGAGCAGCCAGCCAGAUAAACUAAUUUCUGCUCAUUGACUGCCCUUUGAUAGUACUUUAAAUCUUAUGACCUAAAGCUACUGCUAAAAUGUUUUUUGUUUUUUUUUUUCCUAAUCAUUAAUGUGCUUCAGUUUAUAGUCUACGUAGACUGUGCUUUCCUAUUUAUGUGUGAUUAGAUGGUGUAGAACUAAAAGGCAGAACAAUUGUUUUGUGUUAAGACUUGCAUGCCAUGUACACAACUAGACACAACAAUAUGCUGCACCAAGAAGCCUCUGUUUAAAAGGUUUUAAUAAAAAAGACGUGUCUAAACUUGUGUGAAGCACAAAGGGUUUUUAUUUUCUCCUUUAAGGUUAAUUGGCAACAGCCCUUAUUUUAAACUGAACGGGAGUGACUACCUAUACGAACAAAUGCUUGAUCACUGCUUCCUGCCGACAAACAGCAGUUUAUAUUUGCAUGGUAACAGUGUGGCCGAGGGCCAAGAGAACCCCUUCCAAAGUGAAGUCAUAGAUAUGCCAUACAAAAUCUCAUUGCUGUAGUGAUUUCUAAUAAAUGAAGCCGGCUUUAAAUGUAUACUCUAGUCCAGGGGUGCCCAAAUGGUAGAUCCCCCAGAUGUUUUAAAACUACAGCUUCCAAAAUGCUUUGUCCUUUCUAAAAGCAUCAUGGGAGUUGUAGUUCUACAACAUCUGGAGGUCUACCUUUUUUGGCACACUUGCUCCAGUCUUAACAACAUAACCACUAUGUUUAGGAAAGGUUAGCUGGGUCUCUAUAUUGCAGAGAUACCACUGUUAAGUUAAUAAUGUGGAAUUACUGGAUACUCCUUAUAUUUUUUUUUUUUUGUCAACCUGACCAACAUUAACUGGCUGUGCUGGGAGGCAGGAAUGCAAAACAUUGGGUAGGUUGUUUUGUGUACAUAAAGUUUAUAUAGCCGUGUGAGGCUGGCCUUUUUAAUAUGUAGCCAUAAAUGCUAAAGAUUGUAUUAGUUGGCGUACAUAUUAUGUCCCAAUGCCAGCGCUUAUAGGCAAUUGACUUUGCCCUAUUAUACCUGUGCAAAUGGUUACAUGUGAUUUCUGCCAUCCAUCCGGUGUUGUAUUGUUGGUUUUUAAACCAAUCAAGGUGAAAUUAUUGCAGGACAUUGUUGCAAUACACUGCCCAUAUUUUCUGUGGGAUGGCAAUGAUUGACAUAAUUCACAAUAGUUGAUCAUUUUAAGUAAUGAGGUUAAUAGAAAGGUGUGAGCAGGCGCUUCUACAAAUCACUCUUCUUUUCUCUUCAUAGAGUGGACUUCAAUGUUCCAAUGAAAAAUAAUCAAAUUACCAAUAACCAGAGGUAAGCUAUUGUCUUAAAUGACAAUUUUAACUUAUUGUGAACCUGUUUUUGUUUAGUGUCUCUUCAUUGCUAAUUAUUUUAAAAUAUAACGAACUUCAUGUUUAUAUCCUUUCAGGAUCAAGGCCGCUGUUCCCAGCAUCCAGCACUGUCUAGACCAUGGUGCCAAAUCAGUGGUUCUCAUGAGCCAUCUUGGUAGACCGGAUGGUGUGCCAAUGCCUGACAAGUACUCCCUGGCACCUGUAGCGGAGGAGCUCAAAGCUUUAAUGAAGAGGUAUGUCCCUCAAAUCCUCUGUGGCUUGUUAGAAUGGGUGUAAUCCUCUUGUAAAAUGCACUUAUGAGGUGCAUACAAUUUAGAGGCAGGCACUACAAAUAGAAAGUGUCAUGUCAGAUGAGAGAGAUUCGCAUGUAUUAUAUAUAUAUAUAUAUAUUUUUUUUUUUUUUUUUUUUGUGGUUUACAUUCUCCUAGUUGAUGUCCAGUGUUGAUCAUUGAUAUAGUAAGACUAAUUUUAGUAACAAAUCUAAUUUUGUAUGUUUGAGAAACUUCUAACAUUAUUCUUGUAUUGGCACUAUAUUGAGUCCUCUUUCCUGCCAAUGUCCUUUUGUUAUCGUACAAUAGCUUUCUUUGUUCCCUAGAGAUGUGGUGUUCCUUAAGGAUUGUGUAGGAGCAGAGGUAGAAGCUGCUUGUGCUGAUCCAGCUACUGGGACAGUCCUGCUUCUUGAGAACCUGCGAUUCCACGUGGAAGAAGAGGGCAAAGGCAAAGAUGCAUCUGGAAACAAGGUGGGAUAGCUCCUGUGACUGGUCUUUUUUUAUUUUAUUAAAACGGCAGUUAUUCUGGGGACACUGCAGAAUUUGCAAACAACCCUGUUGGUGACUACUCACCUAAACUUGUCCUUUGCUGGCCCUGCGACCCUUCUUCUGGCAGGUCCUCUUUAGCUCCUGGCGCUUCAGUCUCAGGAGCCGACAUUGCUGCUGAACUCUCGAUGUGCGAGGUUACUACUUUGAGGUCUAUGGAGGAUCCCACGUGACCGCAGGAUCCUCCAUCGAUAAAACCAAUUCCCUGCAGCCAUUACCUGUGAUGGUUGGGGGGAGAUUGUAUGUAUAUUUUGAGCUACUGCCAGAGUAGUUUAUACUUUGUCUCAGUAUCUCUUGACUGAGUUGGCAUUUCAGUGAAUUUCCAACAGUCGUUAUGAGUAUUUCAUAAAGAUUUUAUCUUAAAACUCAUUUGGGUGAGGGGAUGUCACUGACAGUACUGCUUUAAGUGACUUUAAUCUCUCAAUAAAAUGUUCUCCUCCCCCUCAGAAGUGUUGGCUUGUCAUUUUAAAGGAGAUUGAGCAUAGAGCACAUUCUUGUAUUUGAUACUGUCUGCAGACCUUAUGGCCUCUGACAUUUGCUGUAAGGUUAGAGUUCUUCCUUUUUUUAGCAUGAGUGACCCAGAUGAACACAUUGCCCUUGAGGCAAUUCACCUACUGUACAGCCUGACAAAUGUCGACCUAUAUUUAAAUGACCUUUACUGUCUGAAAUGAGAGACCCUGUGUGGGAACUGGUUUUCGUGCCACUUGUGCUUAUUUGACCCUGUGAUAUGUUGUGCAGAAUGGGGGGGGGGGAAAUGCUGCUUUUUUUUUUUUUUUUUUGGGAAAAAAUUUGAAUCAAAUGUAUUUUUUAUUUUUUUUUGUUUAAUUUAACAUUCACAUUAUAAGUUGUCUGCCCUAAAGUAUGUCUAUUUUCUAGUUUGUAAAGUAAAUGCAAAUAUACAGACCUUCUGAAUGUUUGUUUUGUAUGCUCUUUUUCUGUAACUUAAAUUCUAAUUAGUAACUCUAUUUCCACCAUCUUUUAUAUAGAUUAAGGCAGAUGCUGCACAUGUGGAGACAUUCAGAGCAUCCCUGUCCAAACUUGGAGAUAUUUACAUCAAUGAUGCAUUUGGAACUGCCCACAGAGCUCAUAGGUAGCUGUCGAUCCAUGUUCUGCUUCAUUAGUGGGAAAUAUGUGGGGACUUGGUAAUCUAGAUAAGUGUGACUAGAACGGUGAACACUUCUUCUACAUUUGGCUGUGUUCUCUAGAGCCCUUUAAUCUGAGCAUGUGUCACAUCCGGGAAUAAAUUAAUGCCAUGUCCCUCUGCGUCUUUUUGAUAUAGAGUACUUUGCUGCUCUCUUCGUUAAUUGGCAUUGAUUAAAUAUUAUCCACACUGAAGUCUUCAUUACUUAAACACCGUAGAGAGCAGUGUGAAUUCUGCCCGCAGGUAUCUAUUCAAUCUCAGAUUUUCUUUUGUGCCAGUGAAGCCAAUACAUCAGCUAAAGAUCCAGUAAAUUGUCUGGUUAAGUUUUGCUAUUGAUGUGGUUAUAUCUGGUAAUCUAUAAUAUAUAAUGAUUUUAUUUUUAAGCACUAUGCAUUUGGCCAUCGAUUAACUUUAUUUUACUUUGCAUGAAUUAUUUAUUUAUUUUUUUUAAUAUAUCACUGCUCUAUUUUGUAGACUUCAUUUGCUUAAAUGGCUGGUUGUUGAUUUGGGUUUUGCUAGUAUUUGGGGACAGGCUGUAUAACUCUUAAAUUGUAUUAAAGGAACCCUCCGUGCACUUUAGCUUGCACAAAGUGCAGAUUCCAGUAGAGAUUGAUAUUUUAUAAAUUAAUCUUGUUACACCCCCCUGACUGUUAGACAGCAGGUCCUGUUCCUGCAAUUGCCCAGAACACCUGCCUUGUAAAGACUCCUCAUUGAGCUGUAUUGGGAAGUCUGUGAUUGGACAGCCUCAGAAAGUAUGGGUUUAAGGAAGGCUUUUCGAUAUACUCUCAUGAAAAUAUGCACACUUAAAUUUCCCUUCAAAGUACACUUGGUCAAGCAUUAGGUGUCUUAAAGGACCACUCUAGGCACCCAGACCACUUCAGCUUAAUGAAGUGGUCUGGGUGCCUGGUCCAGCUAGGGUUAACCCAUUUUUUCAUAAACAUAGCAGUUUCAGAGAAACUGCUAUGUUUAUGAAUGGGUUAAGCCUUCCCCUAUUUCCUCUAGUGGCUGUCUCAUUGACAGCCACUAGAGGCGCUUGCGUGCUUCUCACUGUGAAAAUCACAGUGAGAGCAUAAGCGCUCCAUAGGAAAGCAUUAUGAAUGCUUUCCUAUGUGACUGCUGAAUGCUGCGCGCUCGCUCUUGCAUUCAGCGUAGGGGAGAGAAGAAGAGGAGGAUGAAGGAGGAGGUCUUCAGCUGGAAAAAGGUAAGUUAUUACCCCUUUCCCCCUUCCAGAGCCGGGCGGGAGGGGGUCCCUGAGGGUGGGGGCACCCUCAGGGCACUAUAGUGCCAGGAAAACGAGUGUUUUCCUGGCACUAUAGUGGUCCUUUAAGGGAUGGUGUGACUACAUACGGAUGUUUAAAAUGAUACUGUGAAACUAUAAUAGUUCAUGUUAUGACAAACUUCACACAAUGUGUAUAAAGCUAGCAGCUGCUGAAAAUUCUAGUUUGGAUCAACAGAGCCCCACUUUUGCCAGUGAGGGUCAAUGAUUGUUAAAGGGACACUCCAGGCACCAAAACAACAAUCUAAAUGAUGUUAUGGAGGCACCGAUUCACUAACCUGGCUUGGAAAAGGAAUGAUUCUCUCCAAGCUGACCACUCUCCAGCCAAUCGGCGGCUCAACUACCUGGCGGCACACCAUGCUUCCCGAGUCUGAGAAUUCAGGAGCCGAAUACUGCAGAGGGGAGUGGAAAUCACAGCUGGAGGCACCUUUUGGGAUUAAAAAGUUUGGGCAGAGUAAGAGUGCCUCCAGGGACAUCCUGGCACCAAACUAACUUAAUUUAGAUUAAGUUUUUAUGGUGCCUGAAGUGUCCCUUUAACAAAGGAACACCUAUGUGUUGCCUUACCUCAUUCUUGGUUGGUGAAUUGCACAAAAUACUCCUUUUCUUCCAUCUCCUGUAUCCUAUCUACCCAUAUAUGAUGCUACUCCAAUAAUAGAGGUUUUGGGGUUUGUUUGGGUUUUUUUUUUUCACCAGAAGCUGGUCUGGUACCCAAAUGCCAUACUUGCUUCUCCAAUCCAUUUUGUAUCCAUCCCUCUCUUAAAGUAUUAGAAUUGCUUUAGAAUGCUGCCCUAUUGCAUUUUCGACUUUUAAAACCUGUCCUAGUGGAAAUACUCGAUUGCAGGUUGAAAUUUGUUUUUGGGGGGGGGGGGAAAUAUAUUUACACCCAAGUAAGUUGACAGCUGUUUGUCUUUUCCCCUUUUAGCUCCAUGGUUGGAGUCAACUUGCCACAGCGAGCUGCUGGGUUCCUUAUGAAAAAGGAGCUUGACUACUUUGCCAAGGCUUUGGAGAACCCAGAGAGACCUUUCUUGGCUAUCCUUGGUGGGUAAGUAAAAAUGCACAGGAAAGAGAAACUCACAUGUUUGUCUAAAAUGGCACUACUGGAGCAAGUGUGCUUUAAUAACAAACUUGCUCAUCCCUGGCUAUUGGUCUUAAGUACUAAUCCUUUUUAGGGAGAAUCUUGUACAUUAUCAAUGGUUUAAGAGUGAGAUGUAUUUUUGUGAUUCCUAGUAGUGCAUUUAUGUCAAGUUUAUUCUAGGUUACCCCAAUAAGAUAUUACAUUUUUUAUGGUGAUUUUUAAUCAUUUUAUCUGCUUGAAUCUUACAUGUUUCUACUAAAGGGAUGACUUGGUUUGUGUAAGUGAUAAGUGCUUAAGGGCAGUAGUUAUGUUGCCAAGAGCCUUAUCGCUGUCUCCCAGUUUAACACUAAAUUGUUUCAAAACUGUUUGUUAAAACAAGUUCUCCAUACUACUUGAAAGCUGCCCCCUCUUAUGUUGCACUCUACAAAAAAAUAAAAUUCCACUCUUGCUUUAUCAAUGUCGGUUUCAUAAACCUGAGCAAUUGGCUGAGCGUGCUCACAGUGAGUUUUCAGCCAAUCCCAAGCCUUCACAGGAAUAUGCCCAAUAUCCCUUGUGAAGUAUAAUGCAGUGGAAUGUAUUGAAGCAUUACAUAGAAUGCUGGUGCUAUGGGCCAGUCAAAGAAUUUCGAUUAGUUCCCUGUGCGUCAUUGUAGAAAGUUGUGUUUUUUGUGUUUUUUUUUGUUUUGUUUUUUUUUCUUCUGUAAAAGUGCUGAUCUUUAAAGCAGCCUACUAUGCUAAGCAUGUGUUUAUAAAAGGAUUUGCCUAGUCUUUGACCCCUUGUCUCUCUCUUCAAUGGCCCUCAGACCUGCAGGGCAGUGACUAGCUGAGUAAGCAGAUUUGUUACAUUUUUGCAGCCAGGACAGACAGCAAUGUAAUGUCUGUCAUGGGAAUCUUUGACAUGAGAGAAUGCCGUUUGCUUGGUGUAGCGUACAUGUAACUUAUUUACUUUUUUUAUGAAAGGAAAAAAAAUAAAGGAACAAUCCAAAUGUCUAAAGCACCCCACCCCUUGCAUAUUUUUUUUAAAAUGAUUUGUAUAGAAAUUGUCAUGAUUAUAAAAUGUUGUCACUAUGACGGCCAUGGAGGUUUUCUGCUUGCUUGGUCUGAACUAUAUCAGAAGUGAGCCGCUACACCGAUCAACACUUGCCAUUCAAGUAGCUGUUGAUAAGAGUUCUGCUGUUAAUAGAAGCUAGCUCUUGAUUAUUUUUUAUUUUUAUUUUUUUUAGUAUCUGCUAUAUGACUGACUUAUUUCAAAAAAUAUAUAAUUAAUGUAGGUUCUCUAAGCCACAUAGGAAAGUGUAUGGUGCUUGAACCACAAUUUCAGAGGUUAUCUGUCUUUGAAAUGCACUUCAUGAGUGCAUCUACUCUUUCGGAGUUUUCACCAUUUCGGCACAUACAGCCUUUUCGCAUAUCAAACCUGAGCUAAUCCCCCUUGUUUUCACGUUUUGAAUUCUAACCUCACAGUUCAUAUCCCACACACUGUCUGUCACACAACGUUGGUUGUUUUUUUUAAUUUUUUUAUUUUUUUAUUUUUUUUAUUUAAGAAAGGCUUGUAACAAGUUCUCUAUUGUCCAAAUUGAGGUUUUAGACACCGAUAAAGGAGGUUUUAAAUCAUAGAUGGGAUAAUCCUGGUUUAUUGGGUCAGAGUCAGGGCAGUGGGAAUGCUACUGUACAUUAAUCUGCUGCUGACUGUCUUCUUGGAGAGCUAAGCCUGAUCUUUAUAUGCAGGGCCAAGGUCAAGGACAAGAUUCAGCUGAUCAAUAACAUGUUGGAUCAAGUGAAUGAAAUGAUCAUUGGAGGAGGGAUGGCCUUCACAUUCUUGAAAGUGCUAAACAAUAUGGAGGUAAGAGGCCCUGACCAACUCUAUUCUGAAGUGGAAAUUACCUGCAGAUUAAUGCACUGAAAAGCUUAAUAUUGAACUGUUGAUCCAUGUCUGGUUAAAGGGUUAUUACUCCAACUGCUAUUAGAAGCGGUAAGAGUCUGUAUGUGCAGAUCUAUCUGCUUGAAAUGCUGAACAUUCAGAGAUUUUUAUUUUGAUGAAAUUAGGAAAAAUAAAAUCUCAGCCAGUUUAUAUAAUUCAGUUCAGUGACACAGUGGAUAAUUCACUGAACCUGAAAUUUAUGGUGACUUACUAGUUCAAAUAGAAAGCUUAAAUAUAGCAUAGUCUUCAAUUUGGUUUUCCGUUCUUUAAAAUAUAUUAAAAAAAAAAAAAAUUCAAACCACUAAAGCACUUCACCCUGUUACAGUUUAUAAAUGUACAGAUAAUAUUGCUCUAAUGUCGUUUUGCAUGAUUUUAAAAUCUAACAUUCUCUGCAGAUCGGCACUUCCCUGUAUGAUGAUGAGGGAGCCAAGAUUGUAAAGGAUCUGAUGGCAAAAGCAGAGAAGAAUGGAGUAAGGAUCACCCUGCCCGUAGACUUCACAACAGCUGACAAGUUUGACGAGAAUGCAAACACUGGACAUGCCAGCGUCUCCACUGGGAUCCCAGCAGGAUGGAUGGUGAGUCCUCUGAGCUGUGAAACCUAUUACUCUACAAUAAAAAAUGUAUUCUUCUUUCAUAAAAAUAGAUCAGUAGUCAUGUCAAUCUAGGGUAUUUUAAGGACUAAAUUUUUUAAUGAUCAAUUUAGAGAAGUGUGACAUUGCAUAAACACAGUAAACCUAAUAAAACAGUUGGAAUGUCAAUGCAAAAAAACCCAAUACAGUACUUUCUACCAUUUUAAAUGUAAACUGAGUAAAGCUCAAUUGGGUAGGCAAGACUAACGUGUAUCAUGUGAAAACAAUGGAUUUUUAUUUUUUUUGUGUCUCAAAGCCAAAAAAUAGGUAAAGGUAAAACCAGCAUAUCCCCCCUUGCAAAUAAAAGUUGGUCUGUUUUUACACAGCGAUCAUAAGUGGGGGACAAUGGUGGGCCUAGGAACCCCUUAACCAGGGGUCCUAAAACUCCAGCCCCACAGAUGUUGCUUAACUACAACUCCCAUGAUUCUUUGAAUUACAUAGCCAGAGAAUCAUGGGAGUUGUAGUUCAGCAACAUCUGGGUGGCCGGAGCUCUAGGACGUCUGCCCUUAACCAACACUUCCUAAAUGGAAGAUAACAGACAUUAGCACAUUAUCAUAUGUAACUAGGAAAUAUAAUUUUUUUUUAAACCUACAGUCAAUAUUUGUGGUUUGCAAAUAAAACCCAUAAUGGAGUACACCGAUGACCCAGCAUCAAACCGUGACUUUGUUAUGGAAGGUUCCUGCAUUAAGGCAGGUAGGAAGGGCUUAGCUGUAGUUGGCUCACAGGCAGUGCAUAUGAUGGUCAGGAGAUAGACCCAGUUUAAUCUAGAAGUUCUGGCUGAGGCAUGUUUGACAGUCCCAGAGACUUGAGUGGCCUCUAAGCAUCUUGGGGUUUCACCAGGGCUAUGGAAAAUUAUGUUGGCAGUCAGAGGGAUCUGCACCACUCCAUAAUUGUGCACAACAGAUCCUGUAAUAAAUCUGUCCCCAAAAUGGUAUGGUGUUUUAUUGCACCAAGUGGAUGAAAAGGCCAUUUUAUUCUGACAACUUUUAAAUAUGGUAUCGCUGCUCAUCUCAGCAGUAGCAUUAUUCAGUAGCAUCCUUUAAGGAGCAUAGCCUUCACUUAUUUAGCCUGAAUUAGGUGGGAUAGCAAUUACUUGAAAAAGUGAGGCAGUUCAGCAAUGUCCCCUAUCUGGCACACCUCAGAGCUUGUGCUUUUUUUUUUUAAUCUCCACUUAUCCAUGGCAUACAAGCCCUGGAAGGGUGGUCUGCGCCCAUGGCCGAUGCAUGUCUUGUAUCAUAAGUUCAAACACUGUAGUGUGUAUUGUCAGUUCCACACACUGAGUGAUUUUAAAUUCCCCUCUUGCUGUAAAAUGCUUUUAUACGCAGUAAUAUUGUGGCAUAACCUCCUGCGCAAGAAUGGUGUUUCGAUAAUGGCGCCAUGAACAGUUGUGCAGCUUUCUGAAGAGUACCUACCUUGACAUAAGUAAUAGCUUAUCUGCCUUGUACAUUUGUAUGUAUUUUUGUACCCGCAUCUCAUAGUGUUAAGGUAGGAAAUGCCAAUGUGCACUGGUUGUGGUGCAAUAAGAAUGUUAGCUAUUUGUGUAAAAUAAGCAAGUCAGGGAGCUGGAAGAAUGUGCAUCGGAUCGGUAAUACCUUUUUUAAGGGCUAAACCAUAUCUACUUAUCUAAACACCUUCAGACCCAUUAUAACGUGGAGUUUGCUUUACUCUAGUCCUGAAGGGGUUUGUUGUCAAUUUACACUUUACUUAGACUUUUUUUUUUUUGUCUUAUUAGGGUCUAGACUGUGGGCCAGAGAGUAUAAAACUGUUUGUAGAAGCAGUUGGAAGAGCCAAGCAGAUAGUCUGGAAUGGCCCAGUUGGCGUUUUCGAGUGGGACAAGUUUUCUAAAGGAACCAAAGCUGUAAUGGACAAAGUGGUUGAAGUCACUGCUAAAGGCUGCAUUACCAUCAUUGGUAGGUUGUGCUGAUAUGGGAUUCCAUGUAUCCAGUAAUUUGUACAGCAUUAUUGAAGGCUUUACUGUCCAUUAACCUACAGACCAUUCUAACAAACUUCAACUGAAGUGAAACUGCAUUGCUCUUCCUGAACUCAUGCAGCCAGACUAUCCCUAGCAAUCUCUAGUACCUACCUUCAGUAUUGGGAGAAAAUCUGUGUUCCUUACAUUACUUGGAAAUGGGACAUAACAGCAAAGAUGUGUGACUGGGAAAACCUAAUUUGGAUAAUGCUGCAUGAAGGAGAUCGCUUACUUUAUUUAUAGUUCUCCUAUUUUUCUUAACUUUAGGUGGCGGAGACACAGCAACCUGCUGUGCCAAGUGGGACACUGAAGACAAAGUCAGCCACGUCAGUACUGGAGGUGGUGCCAGCUUGGAGCUCCUUGAGGGUAAUGCAUUAUAGUAACUUUAUAAAAUGCCAUAAGGCAUAACAACCAGUCAGGUUAAUGACUGCCAUCUACAUGGAGUUGGUGGUAUCAGUAUUUUUGCAACAUUCUCCUCUGUGCCCAACUUUCUAUGUGGCCCUUCAUUCUUGGCUGCAUUAUUAGUGGCACACUCAGUGUUUAGUGCAUAAAGCAAUGUGCCAGAUAAAUCAUUGCAUUGAAAUUACCAUUUCAGUGUGAGGGAUCUUGGCAUUGACUAUUGUUUGUAUCUUAAAACUAUACCAGAAUGUAAGCACAGAUUGUUUUUAGAGUAAAUAGCUGUCCCUCUGGGUUGGUAUAACGCUAGGAUUUGACUGGUAGGUAAAGCAUGUAAUCAAUCCAUUUAUGUUUGUUCUAGCUUAAUUGUCUGGCAGUAGAUAAAGGGAUUAUCCCAUCAAAAUGUCUGCUGUGAUGCUCCACUAAAAUCCUGUAUGACAGGGAUGACUAAAAUGCAGAUCUGCAGUGUUGGAACACAAAUCCCUAGCUGUUGAUGGAAUUUACCAUUUGGUUACCACAGUUGGAGUAGGAGAUGAUGAACCUGCAUAAUUGGAAUCUGGUGCAAACCAAAAAUACUUCGGGAAAGUGCCUCCCUUGCUUUUCAGUAGAUCAUCCCAAAUUGUCCCCCAAAAGAGAAAAUUGUGUAAUAAAUGCCUUUGAACUUCUAGGAUUUGGAUGGAGAUAACAUUUUGAAGUUAAGAAUUUUGAUGCCAGAUGCACUAUUUUCAUUUUUGGUUCCCCCUACAAAUGUCACCUUUUUAAGAUGGUGUAUAGGAAAUCUAUAAAACAAGGCAAAUUUUUUUCUUUUUUCUUACACAGGCAAAGUACUUCCUGGAGUUGACGCAUUGAGCAACGUGUAACUGUUUCCAUAACAAGUUAGACAACGGUUUGGCCCAGAACACUGGGAGCAAGCACUGAUAACAGAUGAAAAGCCUACCACAAUCCCACGCACUUAACAUGGACAAACCCUCAUGGUUCUGAGCUAGUUGAAUCUGUCAUAUUAAUCCUCGUUACUACCUAAAGGGUCUGCAGUAUGUUGCAUUGCUUGGAUUGAAGGGGUUAAACUCCCAGUAGCUAACGCACAUGUCUGGAAGUGGUAUGUUUUGGUAUGUUCUAGGCUCAUUUUUGUUCCUGUAACUGUUAUUGUGCACUUAGAUGUAUAUAUUGCCCUGUAGGUGUCUGAGUCUAUGCAUUUCGUUUUAAUCUGUUAUUCAGUUGCAUUAACUGUAUACAGGAAAGAUACAUGGGCUCUCCAGUAAUCUGCUCAAAUUAAAAAGUAAAACAAAAAGGUGUUUGUUUUUUUUAUUUUUCCCCUCCAAUUAAAAACUUGGUGUGAUUUGUUCAAACUCUUACCUGGUUACACCCUCUUGGCUUUCAAGCAGACAAGUAAUAUUACUUCCUGUUUUCAUUAGCUUAAUGCAGUUGACCUAAAGAGGCAGCAAUUGCCCAGAGCACCUGAUUUACAAAGACUUAUCAUUGCGCUACAUUGGGAAGUCUCUGGGCAGGGUUAGAAGGGGAGAGCUUGCACAGGCAACAGACAGAACUGCAGGUUUUGCAAGCUGAUUUGAGAUAUAACUCAAUGAAGAAAAAUACUUACAUUCAGUAAGUGUUCACUUGGGAUUUAUCUAUUAAACAGUGAUAUUUAUUCUUGGGCAGUGGAGUGUCCCCUUUAAGCUUCAUAUGGCUGUUGUGGCUAAACUAACCUUGCCACUGGGCAUUGGAGAAGACUGUUUGCCUGCCUGCUGACUAUGGCCCCUGGGAGAUUUGGCUCUUUUAAUACAGUAUUUGGGCAUAUUGUAUUUUAUUAUGCUGCUGCUGGCCCUUUAAGAACCAUCUGGGGACAUACUGUGACUUUUGGGAACAAUGCCCUUUAAGGCUAUGGCCCUUGGAAGAUAUUGCCUGUUAAAGGCUAAUUUAGCAGAUUGGAUUUUAAAACACUUGCUGCCCCUUUAAAUUGUAUUGGAGCAGUUCUGCAGCUUUAAAUUGGCACUUCGGAUGCAGUCGAAGUAGUCCAAGUGGCCGCCAUUUGACAAACUAACAUGUGGUGGCGGCCAUCUUUAAUUCAGCUGAAGUUUUACCUUCUCCAGACUUCAAUGCAUUCUAUUGUUAGAAUGCCGUUCGACAAUUCGAAUGGUUGUCGUUCAUAUGUUUGUUUGAACUGACUUUAACAUGGGAAAUAGACCGACCGCACAGCCUGAUUCUCUGGAACUGUUUUUUGGGCAUGAAAAUCUGCUUGCGGUCGGUCAAACUUGACUUAUAUCUAUCUCCCGAACGGCUGAAUGGAUUCGAAUGAUUUUUGGGUAUGUUUAUAUGUGAAAUGUGCUGAUUGAUUAAUGUGUUUUUAUGAAGAUUGGAUGUAUAUUUUUAAAGUUAUAGUACUUAUAUAAACUGUUUUUUCCUGCUUGUGAUAAUUGUUAACUCAUUGUGUACCAUAAUUAUAUCACAGGCAGAGGGGAGGAUUUUGUGUAUAAUUGCUGGGAGUGUUUUCUGUAAUGUACAUGUGUUAUUGGUUGUUCUGUAAGACCCUGUGGGCAGUACUAAGUUUGUGGAUUGGGAAUAAAAGAGGCUGUAUGUGCCAGUACAGUCAGUUCUGCUUGACCUCAAAACGAAGUGUCGUCUCGUUAUUGGGGGAAUUGGAUUGUAUGCUGAUUGGCAGGAGUGUAAGCUGAUUGUAUGCUUUUCCUGUUCAGCUGCUUACAGCAUUCGUAUGCUUCUCCGGUUCGGUGGUUGUGGUGUCUGCUGCAGUGCUUGGAGUCGUCAGGAAGCGCUAGGAGCAUCCUUCAACGGAGGGACCCAGUCGGGGUGCCAGGUGAUCCGUUAGAGCUGUGUCUAGUCUAUGAUGUUUUUAGUCACC